AUGGUUCCUUCAAACUACCUGCACCUUUGCAGCAGCGACAUACUGCGCUUAGUCGUUUCCAGGCUUCUGGAGUCUCUCGACAGGCAGUACCACAGUGACCCAAUCGAGGGAGUCCGCCAGCUGACACAGUGUUUGGCAGCAUCUCACCUUUUGCGUGAGCACAUGUUGCCAGUCUUCAGCACAGCCAUCUGCAUAGAUCUGUCUCUAAGAGAAAGGUCACGCACCAACCUGCCCUUGCUGGCAGAGUACCAUGGUAGAGGGGUUGCCCCCAGCCGGGUGCUGGUAAAGAUUCGAUCCAACAUUGAGCGCUUGUGCGAGGAACUGGAGGAAGCAGGGCUGGGUAGUUGCCCAUGGCCAUCAGUAACAAUGUGCACGCUCUACGGGUGCGACGCGAACAGCCGACUGGAGUUGGCUGGAUUGGCAGUGUCCGAUCUGGAAUUUCAGCGGUAUCUGGGUACAGUUUUGCCAAACCUGACAGAUAUCUCGAGCAUUGGGGUGCAGAGCGUGUUUCCAAAUUUGGUCCUGGCACAGCCGCAUAUGCGCGGCACAGCACACCACGUCUGGGGCUGUCGUAUUGCACAUCAAGUGGAAUUAUCGCGACUGGUGUUGCGCCAGCCAUUAAUGGACAGAGGGCAAGCCAGUCAGUUGACAAAGCUGGUGGCUGCGUCGCUAGUAUCUCUUGAUUUGCACAACCUGCACCCAUCAAUUGGGCUGAGCCAUCUAUUCGCAAUGACAGGGGCCAGGGAGCGUGUCGAGUUCCAGAAUCUGAAGGACCUGCGGCUGCACUUUCGCUGGAUUUCGUCACACCAGGCAAUCAACUGCGGCGACGGAUUCCGCGCACCGCUGUUUCCGAACCUGCAGACACUGGUCCUCGAUCCAUCCGAGUACGAGUUCACCGAUUUCUUGCUGCUCUUCGCGCCCGCACCCAUCUUCAGGCUGGAAAUCAGCUACUCGGAACGCAGCAUGCAGUUCGACAUCAUGCCAUUUGUCUCGUUGCGCCAACUGAAUGUCGCUCUGCGCAGCGGCUACUCGGACCGCUACCCAUACAACCCUGCUGAGUUCCUGAACUGGAUCCUAUCGUCGAAUCCGCAUCUAACAAGUCUCGAGGUGUCGUUUGCGCAUAUGCAGGUUGUGUCAGUUCCUGGUCGUAUUAGGUGUAAGCGCCUUCGCCGGUUAAAGAUUGCUCGAGCGUCGUUCCCAGUGAACCAAAUCCUAGAAAUACUGUCCGAGCUGACUGAACUGCAAGUGCUGUGCGUAUGCGUUCACGACAGCACUACUGGGCCGAAGAAAAGUCAAUGCCUGGUUCCUUUAGACACCAUGCUACAGUCCCUCGAGGUCACUGCUGUUCGUGCCGCUGCCUGUGCUGGGGUCACUCGGAUAGCAAGCCGGAUUCCGUCACUGGUCAGACUAGUCAUGGAUAUUUGA